AUGUCGUUUCACACCAGGAUUGUCACGUCCACCACCAAUAGAAGGCUCCAUCUGCUAGGGCUAAGGCGUGGUGAGGAAUUACUUGGUAUGGACAGUGGGUGGGAAAAUACGACAAAGCUUUUUCGGCAUUUGCAAUGUCGGAUUCUUUCUUCACAAAGGACUUCAAGCCAACCGAAUCCCCGAUACGAUCCCACUGCGAAGCGACCAAACAAGGUUUGCGAUCCAUACGGCCAAGGCGGAAAAGCCAUGCCUCUGUCAGAUAUUCAGGCUUUUCAGGCGACCAUAGACGAUCAAUGGAAAGUGACGGAAGACGGGACGGCUCUUGUCCGGGACUUUGUACACGCAGACUUUCUGACAGGCGCUCGUUUUGUGCAAAAGAUUGCCGCCGUCUCUCAAAUGAACAGCCACUUUCCAAUAAUCGGACUACAAAGGUGUAUUGUCAAAAAAAAUUGGCAAGUGGUCACUCGUAUUGAAUGUAGUACAAUGGUUUUGGGGGGCCUGUCGGCUCACGAUUUCCAUUUAGCUAUGCUGAUUGAUGUUGAAACCGCGCGACCGGAGGUGCAUGCUCUACUGGCGGCUGCGGACGACAAAAGGCUUUUAAGAUCGAUCGUCGACGUGUCUCGGGCCGCUGGUUUUCCGUGUCAAAUUUAUGUCAGUCAACUCGAAUCUCGUCUCCAACAUCACGUGCUAACAGCGGAUACAAUUGCUUUUGUAGCGUCGAACAUCAAGCGCUGCAAUAUAAACGCAAACAAUUCGUUUGAUGGCGAGGAUGAAGACGAAGUGUGUGCCGCGUUGGCAUUUCAGCCGUCCUAUCAGAACCUUCCCCUUAGACCUGCGCAGCACCUGCGACUGACUACAUCCGGAUCUAGCGAUGAUGGUUUCAGCCAAGAAAACUCGGAGACCGGUAUUUCUCUUUCUCUCCGAAACACGGGUACGAAUGAAUAUACCAACCCCGUGAAGCAGCGAAUGAGCUAUCCUUCAUCGAAACGCCAAAGGAAACAACACCGGGACAUUGUGAUCGUCGGCGGAGGUCUGGCAGGCUUGUCAGCAGCCCUGUACGUCUCGCAGAUUGACCCGACACGACAUGUAACUAUUCUUGAUAAGCAGGAUCCGGAGUCACACCGUUCUAAAGAUUCUACUGUUGCUAGCUACGCAGCGGCGGGCAUGUUGGCCCCGAAUUCAGAACGCUUACCAAAAGGUGAUUUACUUAAUCUAUGUUUGGAAAGCAGAAACAUGUAUGGAGACUUUUGCGACAUGGUCGAGUCUUUGGCUCAAGAAUCUGGAGAAGAAGGAAUGAAAUAUUUGGCAACAUCCUCACAGAGCGCUGACGGAUUAGAACCCUGGAGUAUUGGAUACGUUGCUUCAGGUGGUUUCUUGGCUCCAGCAUUUGCAGGUGAUUCAGUCGCCACGUGGGCCCCACCAGAUGACGGUGGGGCAGCAACAUGGCUGGACGCUACCCAAGCACGAGAGCUAGAACCUAACCUGCACCCAGACGUUGUCGGCGCCUACUGGUUUCCCGAAGACGCUAGUGUCGAUGCUCGGCGAUUGACGAAUUCUUUGCGGGCUGCCUGUGUAGCGGCAGGAGUCCAGAUUCUGCACGGACCCUCCAACGAAGUCACAUCACUGGAUCUCUCAGAAGGGAUCUGCAAAGGUGUCCGGUUGCAAAGUGGACGUUAUCUGAGUUGCAAUUCGAUUCUGGUCGCCAAUGGUGCAUGGAUGCGCAAUCUUUUACCGGUUCCUAUUGAGCCACACAAAGGCCAAUCCUUGUCGCUUCGCAUGCCGAAAGAUCGUCCGCCAAUUCUUAAGCGCGUUCUCUUUGCCCAAGAUUCAUAUAUUGUACCGAAGGCAGACGGUCGCAUUGUUGUCGGUGCGACUGUAGAAGCAGGAAGCUACGAUCCUAACGUGACGCCUGGCGGUCUUUUGCACAUUUUGACACACGCAUUGCAGCUGGUACCCGCAUUGAAAGACCUUCCCAUUGAAGAAACAUGGGCGGGACUUCGUCCAACCACGCCGGAUAAAGGUCCAAUAUUGGGAAAAACACCGUGGGAAAACCUGUAUUUGGCUGGAGGGUACUGGCGAAAUGGUGUCUUGUUGGCUCCAAAAACUGGAGAACUACUGGCUGCUCUCAUGACCGGACAAGAAAUUGACGAGCAGGAUCAGGCGAUGUUGGAUGCGUUUGCUUGGGAUCGCUUCACGAACAAGGACGGUGGCGAUCGCCUCUCAGCCAACGCAAGGUACGCCGCCUCGAUGCACCCGAUACAUAGUCGAAAGUCUGGUGCUGGCGUCGCAGCCUCGGUUGGAACGGAACUCGGAACUUACUCAAGCGCUCGUUCGGCGAAAGAAGAAAGACAACAAGAUCGUAAUUCAUUGUGGAACGAAAAUGGAGACGGAGACGUUGCUUUUGAGCGGGCAGCAACAAUGGGACGGAACGACGGGGCGGCGUACUCUUUUGGAGACGAUGAAUCUCCGUAUGAACGAAAAUCCGUUUCACAGUCAACAGCACAAACAACUCCUUCGUUUGAGGAUCCCAAAAGUUCAAAGAGGUCACUGAAGGCUUCUGAUACUGUGGAUGCGUAUACGGUAGGAGCGUCGGACGAGAUUCAGGACUCUCAUUCUGCGGAGACAAAGGCUUCCGAUUUGACUGACAUGUAUGAAAAAAUUAGGGCAAACAAGGCAAAGAAAACUACGACCUUAGGUGAAAGCGAUGGCGACGAGGAGGUACGUCCCGAUCCUGGCUUUCGAAUAUUUUAUAAAGAUCCAGAAACAGGUGAACGGCACGAAGUCCCUCCGUACACAUCGCCCGGAGUGUUCCAGCAAAAACUGCAUGCGAGGAAAAAGUCAGAGCGAUCCGCGAACGGAACCAGGAAUGAUGUCCCAAUCAGUGAUGUUGUUGCACCUUCGCCAGCGGCGAAUGGCAACAAGGAAGCGCAGCAAUACAGCGAAACCACCUAUGACGGUUACCAAGAGAUUCAGUCGGCUAACUCACGACAAACUCGAGCAGAAGAAUUAGAAGCGAUGCGAAUGGCACGACAGAGUAAUCGUGUUGGCCAAGAAAGCAUCAAAGAGUCGGAUAUUGGCGCCCAACCGAUGGGCGACGAGUAG